GUGUGAACGGGGAGAGGGAUUGAGUGCUAGUGUGCGCGUCUUCAGCGUGCAGAAAGAGAAAGCAGAAGUGGGUGCGCGCGCUUGCGAGCGUGCGUGAGGAUGAGGGAGCGAGAGCGCGAGAGGAGGGAGGCGCUGCUUCACGAGCUCAGGACGCAGAGGCAGAAGAGCAGCAGCCGGGGAGGAAUCUAUUGUCUGUCGGAGCGCGUCCCUCUCACUCUGUGACUGAGAAGGAGUAGGAGUAGGAGGAGGAGGAGGACAUCCGCGGAGUGGGACUGCAGCCGAUUCGUUCCCCUGGGGAUCAGUGGAUGUGGUACCAGGGACGGGAGGCUCGGAGCCGGAACCGUGCGCAGGAGGAGACCCGGACAAAAGCAGGAUAAGAACCCACACUUUCCGCCCCCCUCCCCUUGACGGGCAGAGCAGGAGCCUGCGUCCGCAGUGUGACCGCGUUUCUUCUGCUUGGUGUUCGUGCACUGUUGGAGAGGUUGUUGGUUCGGAUCUCCGGUGCUCCGUAUUGGAUCUACUCGCCGCCUCAGUAGCCAUGGGGCUGGCCGGCGGAGGGAAGGGGACGCCGGGUGUCUCUAGCGGGGCGCUCCCCCUUCUCUGGAGGUUCUGGCUGCUCCUGCUGGUCUCCGUGCUGGAGGUCGAGGCUCAGACCGCGGAGGACACGAAGCCCAUAUACAUCUGGCAGACAGGGCCGUGGGGCCGCUGCAUGGGCAGCGAGUGUGGCCCGGGGGGCAGCCAGAGCCGGGCGGUGUGGUGCGCCCACUCGGAGGGCUGGACCACCCUGCACACCAACUGCGAGCACGCCAGCCGGCCCCACAACCAGCAGGGCUGCUUCCGCGUGUGCGACUGGCACAAGGACAUGUACGACUGGCAGCUGGGCGCCUGGAACCGCUGCCUGCCGGUGGCCAUGCGCGGCAGCGCCGGCAUGCAGCGCUACGCGGCGGCGGCGGCGGCCGGCGUGUGCACCCGGGGCGAGGAGGGCCUCCAGACCCGCGAGGUGGCCUGCGUGCAGAAGGCCGACGCCGGGCCCGCCGAAGACGCCAUCUGCGAGUACUUUGAGCCCAAGCCGCGGCUGGAGCAGGCCUGCCUCAUCCCCUGCCCCCGGGACUGCGUGGUGUCCGAGUUCAGCGCCUGGACGUCCUGCUCCAAGACCUGUGGCACCGGUCUGCAGAACCGGAUCCGCUGGGUGCUGGCGCCGCCGCUGUUUGGCGGCGAGACCUGCCCCAACCUGACCGAGUUCCACACCUGCCAGCCGGGGCUCUGCGAGGGCGAGGAGAGCCUCCACAGUAUCAAGCUGGGCCCCUGGGGCCCCUGUGGCGUCCCUGUGCCACGCCAGGCGAGACAGGCCCCCAGAGAGGUAUCCAGGGAGGUGGAUUUGUCAGACAGAGGAGAAGCUGAUACACUAGACAGUGAUGCACCGACUAGGGAUGGAGGCACAGCAGGUAGAGAGACACCGUCCAGAGAAGGGGGUACACAGGACAGAGCUGAUCCAUCCAGUGAAGGGGGUACACAAGACAGAGCUAAUCCAUCCAAAGAAGGGGUUACACCAGACAGAGCCCAUCCAUCCAGGGAAGGGGGUACACCAGACAGAGCCCAUCCAUCCAGGGAAGGGGGUAUACCAGACAGAGCCCAUCCAUCCAGGGAAGGGGGUACACCAGACGGAGAUAAACCGUCCAGAGAAGGGGGUGUACCAGGUAGAGAGACACCGGGCAGGGAAAGGGGUGCGCCAGAAGGAGACAGACCGUCCAGAGAGAGAGAGCCAGCGGUGAGAGAGAAACCCUCCAGAGAAGGGGAGGCACCCGACAGAGCCAGUGACAAACCAUCCAGGGAGAGGGGCACAGCGGGUAGGGAGAAACCGUCAAGAGAAGGGGGUACCCCGACUGGAGACAAACCCUCCAGUGAAAGGGGUACACCAGGGAGAGGCCGGGACAAACCGUCCAGAGACAAAUCAUCCAGGGACAGUGACACAGUCGGUAGAGGUGGGGACAAAAUGGCCAGAGAUGGGGAGGCACCAGCCCUAGACAGCCCAGCCAGUGAAGGGGGUCCAGCAGACAAAACCAGAGACAACCCAGUCAGGGAAGGGGGUCCAGCAGACAAAACCAGAGACAACCCAGUUAGGGAAGGGGGUCCAGCAGACAAAACCAGAGACAACCCAGUCAGGGAAGGGGGUCCAGCAGACAAAACCAGAGACAACCCAAUCAGGGAAGGGGAACCAGGGGACAGAGGCAAAGACAGCCCAGCCAGGGAAGGUAAAAAGGCAGCCAAAGGCAACGACAAACCAAACCGAGAGGUGGACAAGUUAGCCAGGGCCAAUAGAAAACUAAGAAAGCUGAUCAGGAAGCAGGAGAGGGCUUCCAGACAGGUGGACCGGCCCAAACGACAGAAGAAGGCCAAGAACAAGGAGAAGAGAGAGAAGAUCAGGGAGAAGGCCCGCGAGCGGCUGCGCUCGGAGAAGGUUAAGGACCCGGAGACCCGGGAACUGCUCAAGAAGAAGCGCACCAAGAACCGCCAGAACCGGCCGGGGGGGAAAGGCUGGGACAUCCAGAUGGGGUACCGGACACGAGAAGUGAUGUGUGUUCACAAGAGCGGGGACACCGAGGCACUGAGCCUGUGCUCCCAGGAGGGGCUCCCGGUGACCUACCAGGCCUGCGUGGUGACCCGGGACUGCGAGGUGGGCGGCUGGUCCGAGUGGUCCCCCUGCUCCACGCGCUGCUACGAGCCCAACGGGCCCCGGGGCCAGCGCACGCGGGGCCGGCGCGUCACCCAGUUCACGGUGGGGCCGGGCGGCGCGGCGUGCCCCGAGCUGGAGGAGACGGAGGCCUGCAGCCCGGAGGACGGGGCCCCGCCCUGCACUGUGUACAGCUGGAAGGCCACCGAGUGGACCGAGUGCAGAGUGGACACGCUGCUCAGCCAGCAGGACCGUCGCCGCGCCAACCAGACGGGCCUGUGUGGAGGAGGCAUCCAGGGCCGCGAGGUGUACUGCGUGCAGGCCGGCGGCGACACGCCCUCCAACCUCAGCGCCCUCCGGGGCAGAGAAGCCCUGCGCCCCGUAGACAGUGAGCUGUGUCUGGGGAUCCCCCCCAACACCACCCAGCUGUGCCAGAUCGCCUGCCCCGUGGAGUGUGAGGUGUCGGCCUGGGGCGCCUGGGGACCCUGCACCUUCGAGAACUGUCAGGACCAGACAGCCAAGAAAGGGUUCAAGCUGAGGAAGAGGAGGAUAACCAAUGAGCCGACCGGAGGCACAGGGAACUGCCCCCAUCUGGUGGAGGCCAUCCCCUGUGAGGAGCCCAGCUGUUACGAUUGGCUGCUGGUGAAGCUGGAGGCGUGUCUUCCUGACAACGAUAAGGAGUGUGGCCCAGGAACCCAGAUCCCCCAGGUCCAGUGUGUCAACAGUGAUGGCGACUUUGUGGAGAGGCAGCUGUGCCGCGACGCCAUCCUCCCCAUGCCCGCCAUCUGUGAGGUGCCUUGCCCAAAGGACUGCGCCCUCAGCCCCUGGACGUCCUGGUCGCUGUGCUCCAACACCUGCUCUGGGAAGAACACGGAGGGCCGGCAGAUGAGGGCCCGCUCCAUCCUGGCCUACAACGCAGGAGAAGCCACUGCAAAGGUUGUGGCGUGGAUCACUGUGAUGCAGGGUUCCCCCUUGCUGUCCACGGUCCCGCUGAUCUUUGGGGGCAUCCAGUGUCCCAACGCCAGCUCCCUGCAGGAGGUGCGCAGCUGCAACGAGCACCCGUGCACCGUGUACCACUGGCAGACGGGGCCCUGGGGCCAGUGCAUCGAGGACGCCUCCAUCCCCACGGGCGCCGCCAACGGCAGCCGCGGCCGCGGCGGCGAGGACUCGGCCUGCUCCGUGGGCAUGCAGACGCGCAAGGUCAUCUGCGUCCGGGUCAACGUGGGCCAGGUGCCCCCCAAAAAGUGUCCGGAGAGCCUGCGCCCGGACACGGUGAGGCCCUGCCUGCUGCCCUGCCGGCGGGACUGCGUGGUCACGCCCUACAGCGACUGGAGCCCCUGUCCGUCCACCUGCCAAGCAGGAGGGAAGACCAAGAAGAAGCAGAGCAGGAGACGUCUCAUCGUCCAGCUGCCGGCCAACGGGGGGCAGGACUGCCCCGAUCUGCUCAGCCAGGAGAGGGACUGCGAGGGCCCGUCCGUCUGUCAGGGCUAUCGGUGGAAGACUCACAAGUGGCGGCGGUGCCAACUGGUGCCCUGGUCGGUGCGGCAGGACAGUCCCGGGAUGCAGGAGACCUGCGGGGCGGGCCUGCAGGCUAGAGCCGUGUCAUGUCGUAAACAAGAUGGCGGCCAGGCGGACAUCGAGGAGUGUCUGAAGCUGGCCAGCCCCAUGCCGGAGCUCACCCAGCCCUGUCAGAACCCCUGCCAGGAGGACUGCCAGCUCACCGCCUGGUCCAAGUUCUCCGCCUGCACCGCCGACUGCGUGGGGGUCCGCACGCGCAAGAGGCUGCUCGUCGGGAAGAGCAAGAAGCGGGAGCAGUGCAAGAUCAACCAGCUGUACCCGCUGACGGAGACCCAGUACUGCCCCUGCAACAAGUACAACGCCCAGCCCGUGGGCAACUGGUCGGACUGCAUCCUGCCGGAGGGGGGCCGCGCCGAGGGGCCGCUGGGCCUGAAGGUCCAGGGGGACGUCAAGGAGUGCGGCCAGGGCUACCGCUACCAGGCCAUGGUGUGCUACGACCAGGACAACCGGCUGGUGGAGACCACGCGCUGCAACAGCCACGGCUACAUCGAGGAGGCCUGCAUCAUCGCCUGCCCCUCGGACUGUAAGCUGAGCGAGUGGUCCAACUGGUCGCGCUGCAGCAAGUCUUGCGGCAGCGGGGUCAAAGUUCGCUCCAAGUGGCUGAGGGAGAAGCCUUACAACGGGGGUCGGCCGUGCCCCAAGCUGGACCACGUGAACCAGGCUCAGGUCUACGAGGUGGUGCCCUGUCUGAGCGACUGUGGUCAGUACGUGUGGCAGGCCGAGCCCUGGAGCGUCUGGAAGGUCAGCAACGUGGACCUGAAGGAGAACUGUGGCGAAGGCGUGCAGACCAGAAAAGUCAGGUGUAUGCUGAACACCAUCGAUGGGCCGUCCGACCAGGUGGAGGAUUACCUGUGUGACCCGGAGGAGAUGUCCCUGGGGGCUCGAGACAGCCGCCUGCCCUGCCCUGAGGACUGCGUCCUGUCCGACUGGGGCCGCUGGAGCGCCUGCCAACUG